AUGAAGAUAUCGCACUUGCUAAACCCAUUCUGCGGCGACCCGAACGAUUAUCGCAGUCCGAAAUCGCCAACGCUAGCUUGUUACCCGGUGACUGCAGUUCCAGCACCUAGACGACAGAAGAUUCCGAAAGACGCCCCAAUCUUUUCAGAAGGCAACAGAACCGUCGGUAACAUCAACUUUCCACCCUACGAAGCUGGAGAUAGCCAGGAACUCUUGCACCAGCAUCGCCGGUUUCAGAUCUACCCUCUGGGAGAGAUCCUUAAAAAGGGUGUGAGGCACAUUCCGUACAACAGCGACAAGAAGGCCUUCCAUGAGAAGACCGGGCGCGAAGCGUUUGAGAUGUUUCAAUACACGUAUAAGAGACCCGAUGACGACAAGGAGUACGUCGUGGUCUGGGACUACAAUAUCGGCCUCGUUCGCAUGACGCCCUUCUUCAAGUCAUUGAAGUACUCAAAGGCAUUGAGACAGAACCCCGGACUGAAGGACAUCAGCUACAGUAUCACCGGUGGUGCUCUAGUAUGUCAAGGCUAUUGGAUGCCUUACCACGCAGCCAGAGCUAUAGCUGCGACAUUCUGCCACGAUAUCCGAUGGGCACUCACCCCUGUCUUCGGAAACGAUUUUCCUUCCACAUGUCUGCAUCCGAAGGAUCCAUGCUUUGCGAAGUUCCUCAUAGACCCAGACAUUGUCAAAUACUGUGCGCAGGAGACUGUCCGUUUCAAAGAGUUAGGUCCGGCAUAUACGGUGUUCGGAUCAGACGCAUCGUCGCUGGUCGAGGCAACCAAGACGCACUGCAGGCCGUCCUCACUGAACGAGAAAGCCGCAAAGCAACAUGUGCAGCCAGCUGAUAUCGAGAGUGGAUACGGGACGGACACCGAUCGCAAUGGCAAGUAUCUUUGCUCGCCUGAGGUGUCUCCUCGCACUCAGUUCACGCCAAUAAACCGGUCGCAAUCCCCGUACUCGCCAAGCACAGCCGUCUCUUCGCUCAUGGGCUCGCCCAUCAACCUUCAUGCGCCUCCAGGGCUACUCACGCCAACGUCGGCUCCAUGCGAAUACCAGAGCGGAAUUUUUCGUACGAAGCGGACACACUCGAACGUCGCAUCUCACGAGGACUACGUUGAUGAAGCCCUCACUCGCUCUGAAACAGCCGCCACGAUUGACAGCGCGCACGGUUCUGAGGUGGAGAUGUCCGGUGGCGAUGACAACCAUACACACGAUGAUCUUGAUGCGGCGGCGAUGUUGUUGUCAUUCCGUGCAAUGGAGACGACGAUACCACCGACGAAGCGAACCCGUCGUGGUUCGAGGUUUUAG